AUGUUCAAGCUGCUGUGCUGUCUAGCUCUGCUGGCCAUAGCCGUCGCUGAUGACUAUUAUGUCCCAUCCUACAGUGGAUUAAAGGGAAACAACUUAGGAGUUAGUACAGUCAUCUAUGGGGGCAUAGGCAAAGGAAAUGUCAUCCUUGGAAACCAAGGAUAUGGAGGAAUCAGCACUUGGGGCAAAGGGUAUGGGGGAUCAUGGAACACCGGGCUCAUUUUAGGAGGAAAAGGAUUAAUGGGCGGUAAUUAUGGUUACCCUGGAUAUGGAGGAGUCUUGGUAGGAGGAAAAGGAUUAUUGGGCGGUAACUAUGGUAACAUCGGAUAUGGAGGAGUCUUGUUAGGAGGAAAAGGAUUAUUGGGUGGUAACUAUGGUAACAUCGGAUAUGGAGGACCCUUGGUAGGAGGAAAAGGAAUAGGAGGAAUUCUCCUUGGAGGCAAAGGAUUAGUAGGCAGUGGGACUACUCGGCGGAAACUACGGUGCUAA